UAAGUCGCGAUUUUUGACCUUACGAACUUUACAAUCAAGUUCGUAUUUUAAAAUAACUUAUUCGAAAAUUGGAAGUUGAACGUGCCACUUCAUACACUGAAAACACUCUCUCUUCGGAGUUUACGAUCUCUUCAUUCAUAGAAAAUGUCUAGCAUAGUAACUAUUAGCACAAAUCCUUACGAAGGUCAGAAACCGGGAACCAGUGGUUUGCGUAAGAAGGUUAAGGUUUUUCUCCAAGAAAAUUACACGGAAAACUUUAUCCAAAGUAUCUUGGACGCUAAUAAAGACUCUAUUGUUGGUUCGACGCUCGUCGUUGGAGGAGAUGGAAGGUACUUGGUGAAAGAAGUUGUUGAUAAAAUCAUUAAGAUUUCCGCCGGUAAUGGGGUAGCCAAAUUACUGGUUGGACAAAAUGGAAUCUUGUCCACUCCCGCUGUGUCUCAUAUCAUCAGGAAAUAUCAAACUCUAGGUGGCAUAGUAUUAACAGCAUCCCACAACCCUGGUGGCAUCAACAAUGACUUUGGUAUCAAGUUCAACUGCAGUAAUGGUGGUCCAGCACCCGAUGCUACCACCAAUGAUAUUUAUAAUCUAACCACCACCAUCAGGGAAUACAAGAUAGUGCCAGACAUUCAGUGUAAUAUCGAUAAUAUUGGAGUUUCCAGAUUCAAGGUUGGAGACAAAGAAUUCGUUGUGGAAGUGGUUGAUUCAGUGAAGGACUAUGUGGAAUACAUGAAAUCGAUAUUCGACUUCCCCAAGAUAAAAGCUCUCUUGCAAGGCACUGAACAAAGGAAACCUUUCAAAGUUCUCAUAGAUUCCAUGAAUGGGGUAACGGGACCGUAUGUCAAGCGCAUAUUUCUUGAGGAGCUCAACGCGUCAGAUGGCAGCGUCCGCCGUGUGGUACCACUCGAGGACUUCGGCGGUGCGCACCCCGAUCCCAACUUAACCUAUGCGGCUGACCUGGUCAACGAAGUGAAGAAUGGGGACUUCGACUUCGGAGCAGCUUUUGAUGGAGAUGGCGACCGCAAUAUGAUAAUAGGGCGGAAUGCGUUCUUCGUCACCCCUUCGGAUUCCCUCGCGGUGCUGGCCAGCCAGCUGCAGGAGAUCCCUUACUUCCGGAGCACGGGCGUGAAGGGGUUCGCACGGAGCAUGCCCACCGCCGCCGCCGUGGACAGGGUGGCGGAGGCGUUGGGCAAGGAGAUGUUCCAGGUGCCCACCGGCUGGAAAUACUUCGGCAACCUAAUGGACGCUGGUCGUCUAUCUCUCUGCGGUGAGGAGAGCUUUGGCACUGGCUCCGAUCACGUGAGAGAGAAAGACGGCCUUUGGGCCGCACUGGCGUGGCUCUCCGUACUGGCAGCGUCUGGCAAAUCAGUCGAGGAGAUGCUAGUGGCGCACUGGCAAAAGUAUGGCAGGAACUACUUUACGAGGUACGACUACGAGGAAUGCCCCAGCGACCCCUGCAACGAGAUGAUGCAGGAGUUAGAGAAGAAGAUGACCUCCGCCGGUUUCGUUGGCUCCCAGCACAGCGCUGCGGGGAAGACUUACACCGUAUCGUUGGCCGACAACUUCUCAUACAUGGACCCCGUCGACAGAAGCGUUGCUAUGAAGCAGGGUCUGCGCAUCGUGUUCGAGGACGGUUCCAGGAUUGUGGUACGACUCAGCGGUACGGGAAGCUCGGGAGCAACUGUCCGACUUUACAUAGACUCGUACGAAGCUAAAGACGUUCUCGGCGACGCGCAACAAAUGCUACAGCCUCUCAUACAAGUGGCGUUGGACAUUUCUAAGCUGCAGCACUAUACCGGCCGGGACGCUCCCACUGUCAUCACAUAAGUGACUGGAUGAAGUCAGAACAUUAAUAAAUACCGCCGCGCCGCGCCGCUGUCACGCUGUAGGGUAUUUUUUGUGCACCGAAUUAAGAAAAACUCUAUCGUAUAUCAUUUCUAUAAUAUACCUUAUUGAAAUGUCCAUUUGAGAUUUGCUUCGAUAAAUAAAUAAUAAUUUACAUUAAUUUGAAUCAGCUGCUUGAGUUGUAUUAACACUUAAAAGUGACUAAAAGUUUUUUUUUUUAAUUAACAUCAUACAGAUAACAAAUAUUAU